GGCCAGACCGAUUGAUCCUGAUGGGAAAGCAUGGAAGAAAGAAGAGAGAGUUAAUUAGGGAGUUGUCUAGCUCCUGAUUGGAUUCCUCGCAGCGCAAAGACCAUCCACACACAAGCCUAGCUUGUCGCGCUUCAUCGACCCCCUCUAUAAAGCUCACACUGCGGGCGAGCCCCCGGAAGCAGACGCGGAUCAGCUAAGCUAGUGCAUGACCUGCACCAACCAAGAACCAACCCGCUGUCGGGCAGGCAGGAAAGAGCCAAGAAGCACUUCUCAGUUCUGACGGCAUGCAAGAUCGGGACAUCAUGGAGCAAGUGGACGAGGCCUCGAUGGAGAGGGGGACGGCCCCGGCGCGGCUGCUUGCCUCAGCCGUCGAGCAUCAGGGCGACGGCGCAGGCGGAGUGACCUGGCUCAACCUCACGCUAGGCGUGAGCGGCUCGCCGCCGGCAGCCGCGGCGGACUCCUCGUCGUCGUCCUCGGACGUCGAGCAGCCGCCACCUCCUCCUCCUCCGGCUGCAACGGCGCCGCCGCCACCGCACAAGGUGUUCUCGUGCAACUUCUGCAUGCGGAAGUUCUUCAGCUCACAGGCGCUGGGCGGGCACCAGAACGCGCACAAGCGGGAGCGCAGCGCGGCCAAGCGGUCGUCCACGCUCUCGUCGUACCACAACCACCAGAGGAUGGUGGCCAUGGCCGGCGUGCCGCUCGAGGCGCACGCCGCGAUCGUGCGCGCCGCCCUGCGGGUCAACCCGGCGAGCUCGGCGGUCCACAAGCCCCCGGUCUCGCGAGACGCCACGGCGCCGAGGCUCCGCGAAGGCGUCGUUGGUGGACCCUGGCCGCAGCUCGUCUACGAGGAGGUGCUCGGCUCGGCCUCCACGUCGUGGCCAGGGAGCUUCAGGAUGAGGACGCAGUCGGAAUCUCCUACUUCAGAGCAGCAGACGCCGUCGGAGCAAAGUAUGAAGAUGGACUUGAGCCUAAGGCUGUGAAUCGAGAUAGAUUGUGAUCAUAGAUGAGUAGAGCUAGUACUUGUGUUAAUUAAUUUGACCGGUAUAUAGUAAUUAUUGAAUGUUCAUUUC